AUGAUCGAAAAGGAUGGAUAUAAUUAUUGGAAGGAUGACAAGAAAAGAGGAGAAGACAAAGAACAAUGGGCAAGAAUAAGAUGUGGAAACAUUGAGAGAGCUUAUAAGAAAGGAUAUACUGUAAUGACUCAUUGUCAACAGAGUAACAUUACUAAUGAGGUAAAGAAAGGGGUGAACGAGGAGGAAAGAAAAUUUUUGGAAAAGUGGGAUAAAUUGGUAGAGGAAGAAGAGAUUGAAAAAGAAAAAUAUACAAUUCUAAGAGGUGAAAUAGACGCGAAGUUUGAGGAAUUAAUAAAAAGAAAGACAGAAGCUGAAAAAGUUGGAGAAGAAAGUGCAGAGGCGGGACAGAGAGCAGAGUGA